AUCUGAAGGUGCUUGCCAGACUUUUUGCUAUUGAAAAUGCGGUUCAGGUAUCAGACAAUCUGGUUCAACGCUUUCUCAAAGUUACAGGUAAUUCCCGGUUGUUUUAUUGCAAACAGUUGAAAAAACACGUGGAGUGUAUAACCUCCGGUUAACAACUGGUUAAAAUGCAAACAAAGAUAUCCAUUAGAUAAAAUUAUCAAUCAGUAAAAGAUUGGUUUAUGGUUUAUCAUUUAUUCCCUGAUUCAUAAUUUCUAAUGUAUAAUAGAUCUAUUAGAGUUGGUAUUUUAUUGUUACUUCUUCUCCAUGUUUCUUUUUGGUUUUUUUCAUCAGAUUCAUUUUGUGGAAGACGUUUCUCGCGUGAUGAACUUUUAAACGUCGCAAACAAGCAAAGAAGAGACAGCUCAGAGUUCCACGAUAAAUUAGCAAAACUUUAUCAAACUAUUAUACGAAUAAAAAAAAGUGAAGUCGCUGUUGAUCGACUACUUUCGCGUUAUGCGCGAAAAGAAUUGGGUAAAAACGUGACUACGAUAUAUUGUAUAACUCCGACAUAUGCAAGACUAACGCAAAAAGCGGAUCUUACGAGAUUGUGUCAAACUCUUCAACAUGUGUGGAACUUUCAUUGGAUUGUUGUCGAAGACUCGGAACACAAAACGGAUUUAGUUUCGCGCCUUCUUAAGCGCUGUGGAGUGACGUAUACACAUUUAGCAGUGCGAACGUCUGUGCAUUUGAGAAAGAAAUCUGAAGGUCCAAGGUGGAAGGUUCCCCGUGGUAUGGAGCAAAGAAACAAAGGUUUAGAAUGGGUGCGAAGAAAUUUUGAUCCAGGAAGAAUGGAAGGUGUUGUGUAUUUUGCUGACGAUGAUAAUACCUAUGAUGUGGAGAUAUUUGAUAGGAUGCGUCAUACCAAAUCAGUGUCAAUUUGGCCUGUUGGACUUGUGGGUGGCUUGCGCUGGGAAGGUCCAAUUUGCAAGAAUAACAAAGUCGUCAACUUUCGCGUGGCAUAUAAACCCAGCAGAGCAGUUCCUGUAGAUAUGGCUGGUUUUGCAGUCAAUGCCAAGUUAGUCGCUAAUAAUCCACGACUAAUCUUCAAUCCCUGGAGCCCUAAAAUAGGGCAAGGGGAGUCAGAUUUUCUCGAAAUGAUAACAUCCAGAGAUAAAGUGGAGACUCUAGGUGAUCUUUGUAAUCAGGUUCUUGUUUGGCACACGAGGACGUCAAAUGUAGACUUGCAUCGUGAAAAAAUGUUGGGUGAAAAAACUUUCCCUGAUUUAGAGUGCUAACAUUAAUUAAGCAUCCAGAAUAUAGAAUAUGAUAUAUGUAUAUAUGAAAAUAAUGAAAGGUAUUAAGAGAGGAUGUCCAGGUCUGAUGUGAACAAACGUUUAACGUUUUGUUUACAUUUUGAACUAUAUUUUUAAUAGGAGGAACUGUCUGCUUGUCUCACAUAACUUAACCAACUUAUUUGUAAUAAAAAG